GUAUCUGCUAAUCUACGCUCACCAAUUUUCUAUCAUUAGCUCUGGAAGUAAAUAAAUGAAAGAGUUAGGGAUGUUAAUUUCAUAAAACAGAAAACUAAGAGAACCACAAAAGUUAACAUACCAUUGACAGUGUAUUAUCGGCACAAAUUAGUUUUUUUAAUCUGGUGUUAAAGCAUAAUAAACAUAUUCUGCCAUCUUUGGGUCCUCGAUAUUGCUUUCCAUUUACUAAUCGUAAUAGUGACGUUCUGUUCCCAGUGAACAAACAAUAAUGGAACGUUGUCUGUAGCAGACAUCGGUUGAUCCUUGUGUUUGUAAUUAAAUAUACGUAUCUUCAAUUCAGGUUUGUGGUGGAAGUUAAAUUAUCGCUAUUUAGUAGUUUACCGGCCAUAUACAAUGCUUUUUCUGCCAUGAUGUGACACUUAACUAAGUCUAGAUGAUAAUGCCAGUAUUUCCUAGAACUCAAAAGACUGUUCAAUAGCCACCUGAACUUAAAAAUGACAGAAUUAGCACAGUCACUCAAAAAUAGAGUUUAUUAUGCUGCACGAGAUGGAAUGGCAAUUACAUUGUAUGCACUACUGGCUGAGAAGAAUGACGAAGAAGUAUGUGAGCUACUUAAACAGCAGGUGAUAGAGGAGGAUGGGCAGAGGUGUUCACCCCUCAUUGUGGCUGCAAGGCAUGGCCAUGACAAAGUUGUGAAGAUGCUUCUUUCCAAAUUCAAACCAGACAUGGAACAGGAAGGAACAGUCAAGUUUGAUGGCUACGUUAUAGAGGGAGCAAGUGCAUUAUGGUGUGCUGCAGGUGCAGGUCAUCUGAAUGUUGUGAAAACUUUGGUGAAAAGUGGUGCCAGUGUGAACCAUCCAACAAAAACAAAUUCAACGCCUUUACGUGCCGCGUGUUUUGAUGGUCGGUUGGACAUUGUCAAGUAUUUGACAGAUCAUCUUGCUGAUAUUCACAUUGCAAAUAAAUAUAAUAAUACAUGCUUAAUGAUUGCUGCAUACAAAGGGCAUUUAGAUGUAGUCAGUUUUCUGUUGGAGAAAGGAGCCAAUCCCAAUGAGAAAGCGCACUGUGGUGCUACAGCACUUCACUUUGCAGCAGAAUGUGGUCACGUGGCAAUCGUUAAGGAGCUGUUGGAAUACGGGGCACAUAUAACUAAGAACGAAAAUGGUAUGACUCCACUGGUAGCAGCAGCUGAACGGACGAGGGCUGAUGUAGUAGAAUAUUUGGUGACACGGUCAGAGGUGUCAAUUGAGGAACAAAUAGAGGCCCUAGAAUUACUUGGGGCUUCUUAUGCUAAUGAUAAAGACAACUACUGUCUCGAGUUAGCAUACCAGUAUUUACAUCGGACAAUGGAAAUGAGGUAUAGUGACCCACAUAAUAUCAUACUGAAGACACUGGUGAAGCCAGUUCCAGCAUAUGAAAACUGGGUUGAAUGUCAAACGAUAGAAGAGUUGGAAGCAAUCCAACUCAAUCAGAAUGCUCUGCACAUGGAAUCACUGUCAAUCCGUGAGCGGAUCCUGGGCACUCACAAUCCAGAGGUGCCCCAUCCGAUUAUUUUCCGAGGCGCUGUAUUUGCAGACAAUGCUCGAUUUGAUCGCUGUAUUGAGCUGUGGCUGCAUGCUUUACAUCUUCGGCAACUUAACAAAGUGUCAGUAGUCAAAGAUCUCCUUAGAUUUGCUCAGUCUUUGUUCCAGGUAUUUUCUCAGAUGAUCCAUGUUGGGGUAGACUUAACAUUCUCUCAAGUUGAAGAUGUUUUAGCUGCGUCAGUUCUGGAACUGGAGCGUAACAAAGAGAAGAUUGGAAACCCAGGUCCUAAAGAUGACGUAGAGCAAGUCAUGGAGGAACUGGAGAGUAAUGUAACUACAGUCCUAUACAUUUUAGUAAUAAUUACAAAACUAAUGAAGUUCUGUACAAAGAAAGAAGAAUUUCAUGUUAACUGUCUCGUAUUUCGUUUGAAUCAGUUACAAGUUGCGAUGAGAGAUGGUCAGACCCUCCUACAUCUGUGUGUUAAUGCAGACACACCUGUUGAUGAUUUUCACACAAAUGAUGUAUGCAAGUUUCCAUGUGCGUCAACAGCCAAGUUAUUAAUUCAAUGUGGAGCCAAUGUAAAUGCAAUGGAUCAGAACAGAAAUACUCCCCUCCAUAUUAUUGUGAGUUACCAGAAACCCAUAAGUGAUUUCUUAACUUUGCAUUCCAUUAUAAUGGAAUUGACUGAAGCUGGAGCGCAUAUGGACACAGUCAAUGCACAUGGUGAAACUCCCUUUGAAGCUGCAACUACUGGUGUAGCAGAGAUUAUCCUUCGAACACAGACAAAAUUGAGCUUGAAGUGUAUGGCUGCUAAAGCUGUGAAAACGUACAAUCUUACGUACCAAGGCCAAGUGCCACAGUCGCUUGAGAGCUUCAUCGAACUGCAUGGCCCAGGUGUGAAACAAGGAUGACUGUAGUGUUGCAGACAAGGAAUGAUGACUAACACAAUGCAUGUGAUUGACAUGGCAUUUGAGAGCUUUGCAGACCAGGUGUAUCAGGAUUUGGGCCCUGCAGUAGUCUUAAGAGCAGUGUCUCUACAUUAAUUGAUGUUUGGAGAUGUCUUUGACCUGUACUUGGGUGUCAGUAGCAGGUUUUAGCAAGCUAGUUAGAAAGGUGCCGUUGUUAACGCUCAAACGACAUUUCAGGGCUGCCAGAAUCAUUUUAUACGUCUCACACUUUAUUUUGUUUGUGUGCAGUGUAGACAGUAUUCACAGUGCGGACUGACUGACAGAAGGAAACCUCGCCAUGUUGUGUGACUAGUAAAUGUAACCAAAGUUUCAGCAUCAGUAAUACCAAAACCUACCAUCACACCCAUUUUAAUCAUGUCCUGUCAUCUCCUUGCCUUUCAAAGUCUUCAUCAAAAUUGUUUGCAUUUCGUGUUCUUCCAUAUUAUACUUCAUUGUAACAUUUGUAAUGAGGCAAUUUAUAAUUAAGUGUACUCUCUUUACAGCACAAAUGUUCGACUAUAAUCAGUUAAUGUGAUAGUUUGUUCAGUUAAUAUCUUGUUUUUAUUUAUUUUUAUGGCACAGAAUAUGCUUUUUUGACAUGUACAUGUUAGCUUCCAUCUCUUUCUUUUGUCAAAAAAAAUUUCAUGACAGAAUUUGGUAGUUGGAAUUCUUACUGAAAUUUAUGUACACGUGGAGUUGCUUGCACCAUUACUUCACUGAUUCUGUGUCUGAGUUGCCCAGUUCAAGUCUUUCCUGGUUGUCCUUUCACCUUCCACGUUAAUGUCUGGGCAGUGCGUCUCUCUCUAAAUUAUCAUUUACAAUCACCCUGAUAUGUCACAUUUGAACUGAGAAGUGAUACAAACAAAGAAUUUUAUGUUAUUCUUUACGUCAUUUCUGCCCUGGUUUCCAUGUAAUUAUUGUUUGUUAGUGGAAACAUUGAUGCAUUUUGUCUAAGUUUACAUCUGGAUAUGAAAAUUUUACUCUUUGAAAGAGAUAUGCAGAAAGAACAUGUUAGUGAUGAUUAGUCUAGUAAAGUGUUUUUGUUUCAUACAGUGUUAGUACAAGUUCUGACUCUCGUAACUUUCGUGAUGAACAGCUACGAGUAAAAAAUACUUUAGUCCUUCGAAGGUCAGUUCACAUUUGUGUGUCAGAAUACAACAGAAAUCAUGAAUGUGGCAGAGGCUCAUAAAGAGAAGCUUUGAGGGAAGAACAAAUUGUAUCUUGGAGUGAGGCUUUAGCGUACCUGUCUCUUCCCUCGCCUCUGACAAAAUCGUGAGGAGUGUGAGGGCCGCACCUCUGCGGUGUCUUCUACCAGGAGCUCAGAUGGGCAUUAUGUAACUGGACAUCAGUAGCCUGAGAAGAAUAUCUGGACCUAAGAUGAGGAUGGAUAAAAGUAUGUAAUGAGGUAUUUUGCAAUUUUUAUUAUUCACCUAAUAGCAUAAAGAAGGAUGAGAUGGGUGCGAGAUGUAUGACACUUGGGAGAACAAAAAUUUCCCUCAUAAUUUUGGUCUGAAGAUCUCGAGGGAAGAAAUUACUUGGUAGAUGUAUGCGUAGAUGGAAUAUUAGCAUUAAUCUUUAUAUUGGAUAAAUAAUGUGUGAAUGUGCGGAAUGGAUCCAACCGCAUCAGGAUGCAGUCUGAUUGCCGUCCUUUGCGAAUGUGGUCGAUGUCUUCGCCAUUGUGAAAACCUCGGAUCUCAGAUGGUAAUGGAUGUUCAGGGGUCCAUCACACCUCAGGAUUUAUUGUGCAGCUGAAUCACUCAAAGAACAGCGUACUCCACGUAGUCUGUUAGAUGUACUUACGUUCACUUAAAAAUUAUAUCGAGAACCAGAAAUUGUGAAUAUUAGGAAUAAAAUUGACACUUCUUUUUACCAGCAGUGUACUUGUAAUUGUCAUGAGACAUUAAAACUUAUGCAUAUAUUCACACUGAGAAUCUGAGAUAUUAAAUUGUAAUUCAGCUGAAUAGCUUGUUGAAGUGUCUGUGAUCGCACCCAUUUUGGCGAUGAGCAUUCUCUCUUUGGUGUGAACCCAGCUGCAUAUCUGGUGUUAGGGUCAUGUAUGCCAGUUUUUAUACACGUGUACUUAAUAGCUCCUGUUUUCUUGACAAAACUUUGUUGUAUACUAAUUUUUUGUUCUUUGAGAUUUAUACCAAAAGUAGCUUUUGUUACUUUAUACCUUUGAUAUAUGGUUUUUGGAAAAUCUUAUUUCCAAAACUGCAGCAUUGAGUAAGUAAUUAGUUUGAAUUAUUUUAAAAUUUAACUUGAAUUUUACGCUUGUGUUGUAUCACUUACAUUUUAACACUGAAUGAAAUGUCAGAUACAGCAUUUUAUUAGUUGCUCUUUGUUACCAUCUUUUGAUUAUUUUCGGCCAUCCUCGGAAAUUCUCUUGCACUUGUGGUAAGCUAUUGGGUUUACGUGCAUCUUCACCUCUUGCAUAUUACCGGUAUGUUCUGAAAUGCCAAUAUUUCAUGCCAUCAUACCAUUCUAGCAUUUUAGAACGUAGUAUUUAGUGGCUGAAGAACAUAACUUGAUAGCUUGCCAUGAGUGUAAAGGAGCCACCCCUCAGGAUCAAAGUAUGUUGGGCAUUACUUGACGACGACAAUGUCAAAUGUCUUAGCUAAGCAAAUGUUUAAUCUGAUUGUUUGUUUUAUGUCGAAGUACAGUUUCAAUUAAAUUAUAUGUAUUUUGUAAAAAAAAAAACUUUGAACCUAAAUGGACAGUUAUUUAAAUUUGACUGAGAUGAUGGUGAUGUAAAAACCUUUUUUUGUUUUCUGUUGAAAUUUCACUGAAUGAGCCGCUGAAUUUGUGCAUAUUGAAACAGGUGUGUUUGCUGUUUGUAUCGAGUGUGAAUAAAGGAGAUUGUUACUAGUCAUA